CUCUAUUUUUUGGGGACGGAGGAGGGGGGGGUGCGAGGAGGUUGCCAAAUGUAUUUUGAGAUGUGACAGAACAUCUGAUUAAAACCGUUAUCCCGGGUAGAGGAGGGCACCGAAUCGGGGACUGAGAAAUUGAACCGUUAGCAACAGAAAGGAGCAAAAAAAAAGAAUAAUCCUAUCACCGAGGGCUCUGACGAGACUGUUUCGCAUCAGUUCGAUCCCGAUCUGCUUUUAACACAGAAACAAGCUGGCCAGAGAGAGAGGGAGAGAGGAGGGAGACGAGAGAGAAAUCCCCCCGAAUUUUCAUCGAAUGUUGUUCGGGGAAAAGGGAAGAGAAGAGAUUGAUGUUCACGGAGGGAAGAACAAUGUCUCGGCUGUCUCUGACCCGCUCCCCUGUGUCACCUGUGGCAUCUCAGGGCAUUCCACUGCCAGCUCAGCUCACCAAGUCCAACGCUCCUGUUCACAUUGAUGUUGGUGGGCACAUGUAUACCAGCAGCCUAGCCACCUUAACCAAAUACACAGACUCCAGGAUAGGACGCCUCUUCAAUGGCACAGAGCCCAUCGUCCUGGACAGUUUAAAGCAGCACUAUUUCAUUGAUCGAGAUGGAGAGAUUUUCCGAUACAUCUUAAGUUUCCUCAGGACAUCGAAGCUCCUGCUUCCAGAGGACUUCAAGGAUUUCAGCCUGUUGUAUGAAGAAGCAAAGUAUUACCAGCUACAGCCCAUGGUGAGAGAACUCGAGAGGUGGAAGCAGGAACGAGAACAUCAGAAGUACUCCCAGCCCUGUGAGUGUCUGGUGCUGAGGGUGACCCCCGACCUGGGAGAGCGCAUCAGUCUGAGUGGAGAGAAGUCAUUAAUAGAAGAUAUUUUCCCUGAGACAGGGGAUGUCAUGUGCAACUCUGUAAAUGCUGGGUGGAACCAGGAUCCCACACAUGUAAUUCGAUUUCCAAUCAACGGAUACUGCCGGCUUAACUCAGUCCAGGUACUGGAGCGGUUGCUGCACAAGGGAUUUCGUGUAGUGGCUUCCUGCGGUGGCGGUGUGGAUUCUUCACAGUUCAGUGAAUAUGUGCUGUAUCGUCAGGACAAGCAGUUACAGCUCACGCCAACAACGUUCAGAAUAAAACAGGAGCCUCUGGAUUAGCGUGAGCACAGACCUCCAGCCCGGCCUCCAGGCUUUCUUAUGUUUCGUUUCUAACAACCCCCACCCACCCCCAACGGUCUACCUGUUCUGUUUUAGUUGCUGGACUCGAGAGCAGGCAUCUUGUCAAUGAGGAAGAUUUCUUGAUGAUGAUAUUAGUCAAUGGAUGGAUCAGCUGCACUCCUGCCCACCACAGACAGUUGAUGCCACCAGGAGGUCAGGAGCCGGGAGGAGAAGCAGAUAAGAAAGGGCUUUGGUUACAACAUGGAAGGAACCAACCGUAAACCAACAAGCGAUAAUCCGAACUGCUGUAAUUUGUAAAGUAUUCUCUGUCCCAUCGUAUUCUCCAGACAACUGCUUCUCCAAUCCCAACUGGGCAUGGAAUGUCACCCCAACACUGGGCACAGAACGUCUCACCAACACAGGACACAGACUGUCUUACCACCCCAGGGCACAGCAUAUCUCGCUCACACUGAGCACAGGACAUCUCACCAACAAAGGGCAAAAAGUCUACGUUCAGAGUGUUGACCCAGCCUACUUCAUAUCUGGAACUCACCGCUGGGACCCUCAGUCCAUGUGACACACAUCUUGUCCUACUUUAAAUUUAGCUUCUUGGGCCUCUCCAUGAUGCCUGACAAUAUGAUUUUAGUGAGCAGUCCACUGCUCAGAGAUUUUUGUUGUAGAGACCCAGAGGUUCUUCCAUCACCACUCCCCCACCUCCCCCUGCCAAUAUGGAGUCUCCUGUCUCCUUCAUUUACUCGCCUUGACUGUCCUUCAUCUCACUCAGUCCGAGGCUGGUCCCUGACCCACAAGACUAAAACAGUGAAAAUUAAAGUACAGUUCAUUAAAUGCUGAAAAGAAAGCAGUUGAUUUUUUUAUUAUAAAUAAACGAAGAUGUUUAACUGAAACUUCUACUUGUACUCAUGAUUUGUAACUGUCUAAUUAACAA